AUGAACGUCAUUUGCUCUAUAUGUAGCGAACAGUUAAUACAAUCAGAUGAUAUUUUUUAUACAAGAUGUGGACAUGUAUUUCAUUUGCAUUGUUUAACACAAUGGCUUGAAAGGUCAAAAAGCUGUCCACAAUGUAGAGAGAAAGUUACACAAAGUAAAAUACAUAGGCUCUAUUUCACAUUUCCAAGUAAUGAAGUAGUUGAAUCUCAAGGUUCUACAUUACAAGAGAAAGUGGAUAACUUAAAAUUUCAAAUUUUGUUAAAAGAAAAAGACAUUCAAUAUUAUUCUUCAAAAAAUGUUACUUUAGAAAAACAAAAUGCUGGUUUAAAACAAGAAGUUCGAAAAGUAGAAAGUGAAAUUAACAAAAAAAAUGCAGCAAUACAUGCUUUGAAAGAACAAAUUAAUUAUUUUAAAGAACAAAGUUCACACUGUGAUAAUUUAAAAAAAGAAAUUAUUCAAUUAAAAAAUAAGAUUGAAGAUCUUAAACCAAUACAGGUAUUAUUACAUGCACCUAUUAGUGAUGUUAGUAAAAUGGUUGGAAAAACUAAAGAUCCCGAAACACUUACUAUGUAUAUUUCUAUUAUGAAAAAAGAAUUAAUUGGAAGAUUUAAUAAAUGUAAACAAUUACGCAUGAGUAUUAAAAAGCUUCAAGAAAAACUUUCUAAAGUUAAUAUGAAAAAUGAUACAUCAUUAGAAGAACAGUCAAAACAAAUGGAUUUCGAAGAAAAAUUAGCAUUUUCAGAAAGCAAAAAUAUGGCAUUACAAAAACGGGUUGAUGAAUUAGAAGAGAUACUUGGUAUUAAUGAUAAAUAUAGUAAUGAAUUAGAAAUUAAAAAAUCAGAAAAUAAGAAUAAUAUCUCUAAAGAAAACUUGACUGAAAGUUCAUCAAAAAAAAGUAAUCAAAAUAUAUCAAGUACAAGUUCUUUAUUAAGUUGCACAAAACAAAAAAUUGAAAAGACAUUUGUGUACGAUAUUAAACAUGAACAAGAAAAGAUAUAUGAUUCUCCAAUAAAAAAUGAUACAAGUGAUUCGGAAAUAGAUUUUAUAGAUUGUAGUUCUUCUAACAAUUCUCCAAUAGUUUCUAAAAAAUUUAAAUUAUCAGAAAAUGACAUAGAAGAAACUUUAAAUAAAAAUGAUAAUAAUACAUUCUCAAAUUCUUCUAUAUCAAAGAAAAAAAGAAAACAAAAUAUCAAAAAAAAAAUAUCUGAUACUGAAUACAAGCAUGAUAGUCAUGUGGUUGAUUUAACUUGAAGAGUUCCUAAAUAUGAUAUAAUAGUUUUUUUUUUUUGUAUAAAUGAUUAUUUAUAUUUUAAGAACAUAUAUAAUAUUUUCAUUG